UGUAUUCCGCCUUGGAAAGGUCGAGUCAGACGUUUGAUGUUUAAUGCUUGCUUACCUGUUUAGACUGCGUUUCUAGUUGAGGAUAUAUAUCUAUUUUAUAAUCACCAAUCAGUAAACAGUUAUGGAGUGGAGUGAACAGUACGCACAAUCAAUGGCCAAUAUUAAACCCGAGAAUUUCGAUAUGGGAUCAGUAAUUAAACAAGAAAAUUUCGAUAUGGCUGUUGUUUCUCAAAAUGAUGUAAUGGUCUCCAUGUCAAGCGAUGGGGGUACGACAAUUCUUUCUUCAGGAGAAAUGAGUAACGGGAUUGUACAAGUUCCGUCAAGUGAUGGACUUAUGGGUUCUCCAUCGGCGAAAGAAAUUGAACGUUUCAAUAAUCUUUCCGAGGAGGAACUAAAAAACAAAUCCCUUCCUGACCACCUAAAAGAAGGACUUGAUAUUGUUAUAGUGGGGAUUAACCCUAGCUUGGCCUCAGCACACGUUGGACACCAUUAUGCUGGUCCUGGAAAUCAUUUCUGGACAUGUUUAUCACAAGCUGGUUUGGUUCCAAUGGCUGUCAGUUGCUAUGAUGAUUCUAAAAUGUUGGAUUACGGUAUCGGAUUCACUAAUGUUUGUACAAGACCAACCAAAGGUGCAGCUGAACUUACACGUAAGGAGAUGAAGGCUGGUGCAGCAAUCAUGCUUGAAAAAAUGAGAAAAUACAAGCCAAAAAUUGCCGUCUUCAAUGGUAAAGGCAUUUAUGAAGCAUAUGUUGGACAUAAAAAUUUUUGCAUGGGAAGGCAACCUACAACUUUGGAUGGUACAGAUAUAGUCAUCUUUGUGAUGCCUUCGUCUAGUGCACGAUGCGCACAACUUCCGCGUGCUGAAGAUAAACUUCCAUUCUUUUUAGCUUUAAGAAAGCUACGUGAUUAUGUACGUGGUGAUCUAGCUGAAUUACCUGAUUCUGAAGUAGUGUUCGCUGAUUAUACCGAAUUUCGUGUCACUCAACCAGAUCCAAAAAGUCUACGUAAAGCUGAACGACGUCGUAAACGAAAAGCUGAGGCGGCAGCAGCGGCCGCUGCUGCAGCUCUUGCUGUAAAUUCUGGUGAUGGAACUUUAGUGAAUGGAAUUGUUUCAAGUCAGGUUAUGCCUAAUGAUAGCGCUAAUGUUACAGCAGUUUCUCAAGCUUCAAAUGGUGUAUCCGUUGAUGGAAAAGUAAAAUCCAAAGCAAAACCUAAACGUAAAAAGUCAUCCAAUAAUAUUAAUAAUUCAACGGAACAAUCAUUACAACAAACUACAUCCAUACAACAAAUUAUGAAUGUAACUGGUAUUACUACAAAUAAUACAACUGGUAUAACAUUUACAAAUUGUACAACUGAUUUACAAUUACAACAUCAACAACAUGUCUUGCAGCAACAAGUCCUACAACAACAACAACAGCAACAACAACAAACAUUUCUUCUGCAACAACAACAACACCAGCAGCAGCAGCAACAACAACAACAAUUCCAACAACAGUUCAGUCAACAAUCUGUUCAACAACAGCAACAACAACAAAUUUUACAACAGCCACAACCACAACAUCAAAUGAUUGUUAGUGCUGGUGGUCAUUUUAUGUCUACUACACCAAUGGUCACUUUGUCAACAAUGGCAGCAGCAGCGGCGGCGGCUGCCGCUGGUGGAACAGCUACAGCUAUACCUGUUCAUCCUGGUGGUACUCAAACAGCUGUAGCAUCGGGUUGUUAUGCUGCUGGUACGCCACAAUUCCAAUUUUCUAAUAAUCAUCCAACUGGUACAGCACAACAAUUUUUUAUUAGUCCACAAGCUUCAAAUUUAUCUGCAGGUAAUGGUGGUAAUACUGGUAGUGGUGGUCAAACACUUUUGCAAUGGUCUACAACUCCAUGCACUCAAGGUGUUCCAACAACUGUUCAAUUUCAACAGCCCAAUCAACAUCAACAACAGGGAAUUGCUGGAACUUGGCCAAAUGUCUCUACUAUUUAUCAUCAACCACAACCACAACAAAUUGGUACAGCUAUCCAGUCACCUUCAGGAGGAGCUGGUACUCCGACAGCUGGACAUACACAGCAGCAACAACAACAAAUGUUCACACAACAACCAGGAGCUAUGCAACAAGCUUCAAUUCAAAUGGCUCACCAAGCACAACAGCAAUUAUUAUUUACAUCACAACAUCCAGUUGGAUUACAAGCAGCCGCUACUGGCGGUGCUCCACAAGCAGCUUAUCCACAACAAGUGUAUUUGGCACAGGCCCCUGCUGGUGCUAACGGUGCAGGAACAUCAUAUCAUCUACUUCCUGUUGGUUGUCCUGCUUCGAAUUUCACAAGUUUAUUAUUAUCCGACCAACAACAACACCAGCAACAACAAGCAUUAACACAAUGCUCUACAGCAGCAACGACUGGAUUACAUCUUCAACGAGGACAACCUACUGUUCAAAUUCAAACACAACAACAAGCGUAUCAACAAACUCAACAGUUUCAACAACAUCAACAAAUUCAAGCUCAAACGCACCAAUUACAAUCAGCACAACAACAAGGUACUAUAAUGUCUACUGAUAAUAUUACUGGUCAAACUACUGGUCCCAUUGGAUAUUCUAAUAAUAAUACUCCACAAUUUAUUACAUUAGCACCAGGUGCUCCAUUAAAAGUUAUGGCUGUUGGUCCAAAUGGUCAACUUAUUCAAACUACUGGUUUACCACAGUUUAUGCCAACUGGACCAGUUGGUAUGACUAUAAAUCACCAACCUACAGCAUUACAAUCAAAUCAAACAUCGAUUACAGUGACUCCUCAACGUCGUGUUGCUACACCUCAACAACAACAACAACAGCAGCAGCAGCAACAACAACAACAAACAAAUGGACGUAUAGUAUCGACUGCUUCAACGGUAGCAGGAUUUUUCUCUGGGACAGCUAUUUCAUCCGGUACAAUUCCACUUGUACAACCAGCCGCUGGUAUAGUGGAAGAUCUAGUACAGACUACAAAUAAUACUAGUUUGAAUACUGCAUUAAGUACAGGUGAUGAGAAAUUAGUUUACACAGCUUUAUAAUACCUGUCUUUUAUAUAUAUACAUUAUUUACAGAUAUAAUGCAUUUUUCUAUCGAUUUGACUAGAAAAAAUUGUUUUCCUUCUUCAAAGAAAUUUUCUUUCUAUCAAACAACAAUAACAUUUAUAUUGAUAUCAUUGUGUACUACUACUCUUUACGGAUGUAUAACAUCGUCCAUGUAGUUUAUUUAUUAUUUAAUGAAACAAUAAUGAAAAAGAAAACAAAUAAAUAGGAUACUAUCUAUCUAUCAAUCAAUCAGUUUCUACCAUGUCUUCUUCUCAAUCAUGUGUAAUUUCACCAAUAUGAUUUCUUUCUUCCUUUUAAAUGUCAUAGAAUAGACAAUCAUUUUGUUUUAUUUCUUCUUUUCAUUUCUUCACUCUUGUCUCUUUUACCUGUUUACAUUUUGGCUUUUUUACAUGUGUAAUAAUUAUGAACAUUGGUGAUGUGAUAAUCACCAUCUUGAGGACUCUAUGGGGGUGUGUGUGUGUGGGGAGGGAGGGAGAAAGAGACACCAUAUUGAUCGGUUGAUUUCAGUGUAUUUUAUUUUAUCUUUUUAAAUUCCAAUGCAACUAAAUCUAGUCGUUGUUUCUACCUCGUUGUUGUCAUCGUUUCGUUCUGCUUUUUUUUCUAAAGACUUAUUAUUAUUAUUAUUAUUAUCAUCACUUUCUAUUCAACAGUGAUUUAGUUUGAUAUAUAUAUAUAUAUAUAAAGACAUGUAUUUAUCUAUCUAUCUAUCUAUUCCAUUCUGAUUCUCUUAGAUCUUUGCUUAUUUUUUAUUAUUUCAACAUUCUUUACAAUUUAUGUAUACUUCAAGACUAAAUGCAUUUGUUGUUUUCUUUCUGUAAAUGAAAAUAAGUUUAUAUGUGUGCAAAAACAAAAUUACAAACAAAUGACAUAUUUCCCGCCAAACCAUUUUUUUCUAAAAGCAACACGGCGGAUAAAUCGGAGCACAAUUGAACUAUUGAACUCCUCAUUCGCUUUCUCUUUUUCAUGAUGUUAUUUAUUAUUGUUUGGUGUUUACUGUAUACAUUUUAAUGUGCAUAUAUAUGUUUGUGUGCGUGCGUGCGUGCAUAUGUGUGUAUUUGUGUUUCAUACAUUUUCGUUUUCUUCUGUAAAAAUCUUUUCUCCUUUUUUUGUUUUCUUUAUUUAAUGAUGGUUUUUAUUAUUUGUUGUAAUCGUUUGUUAUUGCUCUUCUUUUUUUUAAGACCAUUUACCCCUUUUUACUGUUUUUAUAGAAUAAAAUUAGUAUUAUGUAAAUAAUGUGCAUAGAAAUAAUGAAAGAAAGAAAGAAUCAUUUGUGUAUAUUAUCUCUUCUCUAUAUGUAUUUGCCUAUAUAUUCACUAUUUUAAUCCUGUUCAUCUUUUAUUUUCUUUUCUUUUAUAUAUAUACUAACGAUAAUAAUAAUAAUAAUAAUGUAAUAUUUAUUUUGA